GUGAUAUGAACGGUGGCCUGGUGAUGAGCAGUGCGGUGAGCCUGCCUGGGGGGCUGACUCCGCCACUUCGGGAGCCUCCUGUGCAGCGAGGCAGUGUCUGUGUGGGGCGGCUGGACACGGGACCCCAGGUGCAGCACAGAAGGCCAGCUGGAACACAGGGCAAACUCCUGCCCUCCGCAGUGCCCCUGUCUCAGAGAAGCGGCUGGCCCGGGCAGGGGCCGGAGCGGGACGGCCUCCCAGGGGCUCAGUGUGCACAGACGUAGAGAGAGGAGACUCCAGAUCAUAAACAGGCCCAGCUCCAUGGCCACCCGUGUGUUCCUCUUGGGCAUCCUGCUCCUGCUGCUGCCCACGCCUGUCCCCGCCCCCUGCUAUACUGCCGCACGAUCCGAGUGCCGGCGGCGUAAUCUCAAGUUCGUGCCUGGCUCAUGGCUGGCAGGGGAGGGCGUGGAUGUGACCAGCCUCCGCCGCUCAGGCUCCUUCCUGGUGGACACACAGCACUUCCUACGGCCCGACGGCACCUGCACCCUCUGCCGCAACAGCCUACAGAACACCCUCCAGCGCCUGCCCCUGGCAAUCACUGACUGGCGUGCCUACAGCUCGGUCUGCCGGCGCCAUGUGGCCAAGGCCCAGACCAGCUCCAUAGAGGAUGUGGCCAAGGAUGCGGCUGCCAGCAUCCAAAAUGACUGGCGGGUAGGACUGGAAGUGAAUCCCAAGCCCAGCUCCAGUGCUCGUGUAGCAGUGGCCGGCUCACAUUCCAAGGAGGCCAAUUUUGCAGCCCAGAAAAGCCAACAGGACAAGUACAGCUUCAGCAUCGACUCAGUGGAGUGUCGCCUCUACAGUUCUCACCUGGUGCACUCUCCACCACUCCACCCUGAUUUCAAGAGGGCCCUCAGGGACCUGCCCCCCCACUUCAAUGCCUCCACCCAGCCCGACUACUUCAGACUCAUCUCCAACUACGGCACCCACUUCAUCCGCUCCAUGGAGCUGGGGGGCAGGAUCUCUGCCAUCACCGCCCUGCACACCUGCGAGCUGACCCUGGACGGGCUCACGGCCGAUGGGGUGGGGGACUGCCUGUCCGUUGAGGCCGAGGUCAGCAUAGGCGGCCGUGCCAGCUCCUCGGCAGAAUUCAAGGCCUGUGAAGAGAAGAAGAAGCAGAGCAAGAUGACAACCUCCUUCCACCAGGCCUACCGGGAGCGCGAGUUGGAGGUUGUAGGCGGCCACCACACCUCCGUGCCUGACAUUCUGUUCGGGAACCACGCUGGGCCCGAGCAAUUCACAGCCUGGGUGACCUCACUGCAGGACAACCCCGGCCUGGUGGACUACACCCUGGAGCCCCUGCACGUGCUGGUGGGGAGACAGGACCCCCGGCGGGAGGCGCUACAGCGGGCCGUCAGCCAGUAUGUGACACACAGGGCCCGCUGGCAGAACUGCAGCCGGCCCUGCCCCCCGGGGCAGCAGAAGAGCCAAAACGACCCCUGCCAGUGUGUGUGCCACGGCUCGGCGGUCACCAGCCAGGGCUGCUGUCCCCGGCACAGGGGCCUGGCCCAGCUAGUGGUUAGGGACUUCCAGGCAACAGGUCUGUGGGGAGAUACAUUUACUGCCACGGACGCCUAUGUGAAGGUUUUCUUUGGAGGCCAGGAGCUGAGGACGGGCACAGAGUGGAACAAUAACAACCCCCAGUGGAAGACACGGCUGGACUUUGGGGACGUGCUCCUGUCCACAGGGGGGCCCCUGAGGGUGCAGGUCUGGGACGCAGACUAUGGCUGGGACGAUGAUCUUCUCGGCACCUGCGACCGGGCUCCACAGUCUGGCUCUCAGAAGGUGGAGUGUAGCCUGAAUCACGGCAGGCUGAAAUUCUUCUACGAUGCCAAAUGCCUGCCUCACCUGACAGGGGGAACCUGCCUGGAUUACGCUCCCCAACCGCUUCUGGGGGAGCCUCCUGGAAACCGGAGUGGAGCGGUAUGGUGACAACCAGGGGCCUUGAGGGGACCUGUGUGCCUCGCCUGAAGGGGUCCUCACCCAGGGAGCCGGGGCCUGUCUAUCUUCCUGCCUCCACUAGACAGAUGGAACACGGAGGCCUUUUUUCUUCAGUGAGGCGGCUGAAUUUACAGGCCAGUCCUGGGUCUCCCUGUCCAAACAGCCUUGGCUUUCCAAUGUCCCUGAGCCCAGGAAAGGAGCUGGGGCUGCAGUCUCGGCCACACGGGUUUCGGUCAGGUGCUGCACGGAAGGCCAGGAGGCCGUCCCCUCCAGGCUGCUUGGUGUCACUGAAGAGCUUCCCUCGCAGCUUUUUAUAACACAGUGAGCCGCUCAUCGUGGUAGGUCUAACCCCUCUGUCCCCACUGGGCCUGUUUGCCGUCCUCUUGCCCGCCUCCUUUGCCUCUCUGGUGACCUAAGGGCUAUCGUGACCUGUCUCAUUGUGCAUGCAACCUGCCAGAGGACUAAUAAACGUGACGUGAUGACAACUAUGAUGGUGGUAGUUGUGGCAGAGGAUGGCAUGGGGACCAAACACAGCCCUGGAGAUCAACUUCUGCUCUAGCAACCCCAUACAGCGGGACGGGGGUACCCCCAGCGGCACUUUUGUUGAAAAUGUGGGGACCCAAAAUAUUUUACUUUCCCCGUAGCUCUCCUAUUUGAGAAACAGCAGCAUAGACUUGGUGAUAAGUGGCAACGGACAUUCGGCUGCCCGCUGGGAGACAACGGAGGGGGACGGGGGUGAGGACUAUGGGGAACUGCAGGGCACGUGUCUCAUCCAGGGGGCUGUCUUCUGCAGGCCAUGACGGAUCUGGGGCAGUCAGUUUGGAAACUCUGACUUGCUCAGAGCCUGUCUGACGGGCUGAACAAAGAAGGUGGUGUCGGGGGUUUUCCUGGCCUUGGUAUGCAGUAAACACCGGAGCCUCAGGGUCUGUCAUCAAAUGAAACGGUCUUCAUCUCCUGUGCCUGGGACACAGGCCUCAGGACAGGGUGGUGGGGUUCCGAGCAGUCUCCUAGACAUGCUGGGU